AUGACCACACCAGGAGCUGCAGGAGAGGAUUCUGGAUGGACUGAAACUUUCGACCCGAAAGAUGAGGCCGGACCUUUUGAACCCUACAAUCAAAACUAUCAUGACCCAGACCAGGGGGCCGCCGCAACCGCAGUACAUCAGGCAGAACGUGCCGGCUGGGAAUGGCCAAAAGACAUGACAACAGGGCCAUCACAUGAAGAGGAAAUACCCCUACCUGGGUCAUUCAAAGAUGAAGAACCAGAACCCCCGAUAAAGCCCGUUCAAGAUGAGCAUGUGGAGGGGCAGGACAAUACAGCACCUCCACCAAGGCGAAGGCAUUAUAAGCCAAGGCAAUGCAGAAUAUGCUUGGAAGAAGUCCUGCCAUCUUUCGAAACGCCCAGCGAGGGAAUCGCUUCUUUCCUCAAUCCCUCUCCAAAGGUUUCCUACAUCUCCGAAGAUCCCGAGUCAGGCCGCCUAAUCCGACCAUGCAAAUGUACAGGAUCACAAGCUUAUGUUCACGAAGGCUGUUUACAAGCGUGGCGACACGCAGAUCCCCGGUAUGGAGAUAGGAAUUUCUGGGAUUGUCCCACCUGCAAGUUCCGGUACCGACUCGAGAGAAUGAAAUGGUCGCGCAUGAUUUCAAGCACUCUCACUCAGAUUGUCCUCACGAUAUUCAUCAUGUUCGCAACUGUGUUUCUGCUUGGCUUCGUUGCGGACCCGAUUAUAAAUCUAUACUUUGAACCGGGUGCAACUAUAGCCAGCGUAGCGACUGGUGGUGGUAUUGGGGGCCCGCUUGAUCUCGAAGAGGAUUUGGCGGAAUAUGAUGGAUGGGUAAUGCAUUUUAUGAAAGGUUUGACGUCUAUAGGAGUGCUUGGGUUCGUCAAGGUGAUAUGGGCGACGAGUCCCGUCACGAUCUGGAACUUCCGUGGAGGGCUAUUUGGUAGCGGCGGACGGAGUGGACGAGUGAGGGCUGGCGUGACAGGGAGAGACCGCACUGAUAGCACUUUCUGGCUGCUUGUCAUUGUUGGAGUCGUGACGUUUCUAUAUACUAUCUGGACUUGGGUCCGAAGAUGGUCUCGAAGAACUCUCGAGAAAGCUAGUGAACGUGUAGUGGAUGUCCACGGUGAUGAUCCCGACGACGACGAUGAUGAAGAGCAAGAAGAAGAAGCGCCUCGUCCACAACCAGAUAUCAAUACCCAAACUGAGGGUGCCUCAUCGAGCGACCAAGAUGCUGAGAGUCGAAAGACACAAUAA